AUGGCAGGCGAAAAGAAUGACGGCGUGAUGGCCCAUUGGAAAUGCCUGUUGGCUUGCACGCUCGUGUCGAUGUGUCCGUUCCAAUAUGGUGUUGAUUUUGGUAUCAUCGGCGGUUUGCAAGCCAUGCCAGGAUUCUUGGAAGUCUUUGGUGAGAAGGCACCGGACACGCCAAUUGGGUGGAACAUCUCGCCUGGUCGACAACAACUUAUUUCUUCUCUGAUGAUUUUGGGAGCUUUCAUCGCUUCCGGAGCAGGUGGACCAAUUGCUCUUUUCAUUGGCCGCAAGACAUCAAUAUGGCUGGCGUGUGGUAUGUGUGUUGUAGCCAACGUUGUGAUGAUGACAACGACCUCCAUCGGCGGACUCUACGCUGGUAGAUUUGUUAUUGGUUUGGCCAAUGGCCUGUUCAUGACAUUUGCACAAUUGUAUCUACAGGAAUGUGCUCCAGCUAGAUAUCGUGGUUUGACCAUUGGUGCAUUCCAAAGCUGGACUUCACUGGGGUCACUUGUUGGCACUGUUGUCGACAACUUCACUGUCAAAAUCGGCGGCAAGCAGUCGUACAUCGUCUCACUCGGCAUAGUCUACAUUGUGCCUGGAAUCAUUGCCCUCGGCCUUCUAUUCGUUCCAGAAUCUCCACGAUGGCUCCUGCAGAUGAACAAGGAAGACAAGGCCCGCAAAUCUUUGACCUGGUUGAGACCAUUUCCAGAGCGCGUUGAAGCCGAGCUCCAAGAGAUGAAACUCGCAAUUGAUGCUGAAAAGGCACUUGCACACAACUCCGAAAUUAUCGAUAUCUGGCGCAAUCCCAUCGAUCGUCGCCGUACACUACUUGCCAUCGGAGCCGUCUCUCUUCAAGCUGCUUCUGGUGCCAUGUAUAUGAUUUCGUAUGGAACAUACUUCUUCGAGAUGGCUGGUGUCGGCAACGCCUUCCAGAAUGCUUGCAUUUUGACCGCGUCAGGAGUCAUUAUCAUUCUCAUCAACAGCGCCAUUAUCACUCGUUAUGGUCGCCGUAGAAUAUUCCUAUGCUGUGGCUUGAUUAUAUGCGGUUUCUGUCAGCUGAUUGUCGCUGCUGUUUACACGGCAAAACCGGGUACCUCGUCUACCGGAAAGGUCAUCGUUGGUAUAUCUGUACUCUAUAUCCUCGGUUACAAUGGGAUGGUCGCAUCGUACGCCUGGCUUUGUGGAGGAGAAUUCCCAUCUCAACGCCUCCGCUCCUAUACAUUUGGUCUCGCAGCCGCAAUCGGGUUCUUUGGUGCUUGGCUCACAACCUUCACUGCUCCAUACUUCAUCAACCCAUCUGCUUUGAACUGGGGCCCCAAGUACGGAUACAUCUGGACUCCAAGUUGCUUCAUCGGAGCUUUGUGGGUUUGGUUCUAUCUUCCUGAAGUCAAGAACCGCACAUUCGAAGAAAUUGAUGAGAUGUUCAUGGCCGAAAUCCCAGCAAGAAAGUUCCGUAGCUAUAAGUGCAUCGGUGCGGCGGCCCUCGCCGUCGAUGAGAAGGAACCCAGAGUCAGUGUCGAGGAGCAGGUCGAGAAUGUCGUUUGGUCGAACCCAAAGGCUGUUGCCGAGACCGCCACCUACGUGGAAUAA